AAACAGGAAGUCUACAAUGUGUAAGAUGGCGGAGGCAAAGACAGGUUAUCUGAGUUUCAUUCUGUGGACAAUAUGUUGUGUUGGGAGUGAGAUUUCUGCCAAAGACAUCUACACAAAUGUGUGGGCAGUCAAAACACGCGGCAGUGUACAGGACGUGAGGUUGUUGGCUCUCAAACAUGGUUUCUUGUACGACAAAUAUGUAAGGAAGCGUAUGAUGCUGAGUUGACUUCAAAUAUCCAAGCUAAAAUUUUGAAUGCCCAGAGCGCGGUAUUGUUUAUUUAAUUAACUUAAGCUUUAAAACUAUGGUUUUCCCAUGAGCUGCAAUUUUUUGGCUGUGAAAUACCACCUUGUAGCUCAGAACAAAUGAGUGGCCGUCGCCAUCGUGUAGGGUAUUGCCAAAGUUAUUACGACGUCAGAUCGUACGUUGUAGUUCAGGCUCGAACGACUCAGUGAAUGCUAAAAACCUCUGUUACCAGUGUAUCGCUGAUCUGCGUUUAAUUAAAAAGCGCUCGAUAACAUCGUUAUUAUUCUUCCUUCACGUUGUUGUUGAGUUUAAACUUGCUGUUUACAUUAAAAGCUGGCUAAACCUCUCGGGACGGAAAAUUUUGUGGGCUCAUACUCACAAAUAACCUACAAAAGAGCAUACAGUUCUUUUGACUGGGAUUUAAAAGCUCAUUACACUAGGUUUUAAAAAGUAACUGAAGUAAGGGAUGAUUUAGUGUUGGCCUGUGCCCUGCUGACUAUAUCACUUACUGAGGCUUGGGUAAGCUUUUACCGAAGCUUAAUGAAAAAUUUAGUGCAAGCAAGGACAAGGUUAAGGUGAAAAAAAGUAUUAAGACUUAUGUUACAUUUAUUUGCACUGUCUAUUUUUUACUCUAGCUGUUUGAAGACUAUCAUGUUUUUAAAAAACCUGGCUUGAAGUUGAUGUCUGAAAAGACACCUGAGGCAUAUGAAAUUGAUGAAAUGCUAGAUUUGGAUCAGAAGGUAAUUUUCUUGAUAUUAUUUAGGUUGGUUAAUUAGUUUGUACUUUAAAUGAAAACACCAAAAGGGAUAAACCAGGCCUCUUAAUACCCUAGCUUUUUUUCCCAAAUAAAAAGAUCAUGUGAUAUUCUCAAGGGAAUUUGCUCUUAAUUGUCUUUUGUUAAGAUCUCUGUUGGGAACACAGUUGGCCCAAGCAUGAUAUGAACACAGGUGGUGCAAGCAUAGUAUAAUUUGUAUGGGAAAUAACGACUGUGAAACUUAGAUGAAAGAAAUGAAGUAAAAGCGAUAAAAGUUACCAGUAGAGUGUAAAUAUUGUUACCUGGAGCCCUAGUCUUUGUUUUUACGAAGUUUCAGCGCGAUUUGAGUACUUUUACAUCAUCUGACCUGACAGUGUAAUAAUAAGAGACAAGGCAGGACAGAAUUGCUUGAUCAAUCUUCAGAGCUGCUCAGAAUCAGCUCCAAGUUUCACACGAAGAAACAAACACACUUACAUUUUUUGCCGCCGAAUCCACAAAAUGAUACCUUAAGAUCACCUUCCUGCAAUCCGUUCCAGUAAAUCUUACGUUUGGAUCUCUCAUUAUUUCAUUGUCAGGUCAGAUGAUGCAAACUUUUUUUUCCCAUACGAACUCUCAUAUUACACUUGGGCCACCUGUGUUGGGGAAACAAUUGUCCAUGCAUUCAAACCAAGUCCUUGAUGCGUUGUGCACCGCAAACACAAAUCCUGCAAAAUUACUGACAGGUGAGAAAGGCUUAUUUUUGCAAAGAUUUGGUAUCGGCAUUCCAAUUGCUUAGGCUAUCCGUUAACAAAAAUUGUCAUCUGUUCGACAGGCUCUAGCUAUCCAUUUGAAAAAGAAAUGUUAUCCGUUUGAAUGACUCAGGCUAUCUGUUCGAUAAAAAUUGUCAUCCGUGCGAACGACUCGGGAGAAAAAAAUUGUCAUCCAUUCGAAUGGCUCAGGCUUUCCAUUCCAAAAAAUUGUCAUCUGUUCAAAAGGCUUGGACUUUCCCAAGGUUGUCACUAAAAUUUCAAGUUGCAGGGUAAAUAGAGCAAGAAGGCGAGAAAUCGACAGCUAGAGGUUUCUUUCGGUUCUAUUUUUCUUCUAUUUCCUACGAAAGUACCGUAGCUGGGGACCAUGUUUAUAUAUAGUAGCUGGGAUCCCCACCCCCGAGCUGAAAUUGUUGACUGAUGCAUUACCAUCAGAUGACCCAUGUAACAAGGAAAAUGCAAUCACAGUGCUCGAAACCAACUUUUUUAGUCAGUUGUCCUGCGACUAGUAGUGGGUGGCAUCUACUAGUCCUGAGGGCAAUUCUACUAGUCCUCAUGCAUGUCUACCAUCCAUCAUCUGGCCACAAACAUCUAAUUCACACAUUAAAUAGCAUGACUCACUUUUUUAAUUACAAUAAUAAACACUAAUGAAAAGUAUCAUCUUUUAUCUUGAGUUUCUUUGGCUAUAGGAAAUUAUUUAUUGCUUCCUUUGUGGAAAGACGAAUUUUCGUUUUUACUGUUUGGAAAAUUUACACAAUACUGGCAAAACAUUUUCCCUUCGGUUUCAUUGUAAACUAUAAACCACACAAAAUCUUUUUCCAAGCUUGUUUGAAGUCUCUAUCUUUCUUUGCCUUUUUCACUCUUUGGCUGCCCGUACGAAAUCUUAUGGCCUGACUGAGCCACAACAGGGCCUUAAUAAGGCCUUAAAUGGAAACAUAGAGCAAAAGAUCAACCAAAGCUGAACCUAACAGCUUGAGCCAAAAAAAAUUUGUUUCCUUUUUUGUUUCUAAUUUCAACACCAUGAACAAAAAGCGACCAAAUUCAGGCAAAACAUUUUAGGUUUUAAAUUUGGUCGACAGUUAAACCCCAAAUGUGAACCAAAAUCGCUUUGGGCUGUUAUUUACAUAGGCUCUCAUUUUGAAUGCUCUACGACGUUUUUAAAAGCAGGCAAAAUUUUUUUAGUCGUAGAUUAGGUCGCUUUAGAAGCCGACUGAGGCUGUAAUUUUGGUGUUGAACAGUUCAGUCGAACCAGCGAAUUACAAUGAAGUCGAUGUGGAGCCACUAGAAAACAAAGUUCUGCACAACUUAUGUGUAAGGGAGACAUUAAAUAUUAGCAAAAGUUUAAUUAAAUAGACCUAAUGCAAGAGAUUUUUCCAAACAAAAACGAGAAAUAUCAGAUUAAUUUUUUAACUCAACUGAAGUAAACAUUUACAGAUAAAAUACGUGCCUACAAAGUUGAUUGCCUCACCUUGCAAGUAAGACUAAUCUCUUUCUAUUUUAUUCGCAAUUAAAUUUGGAAACAUAAUUGACGCACCUGACGAUAGAUAAAUCCAUGCCAUGUACGCACGAAACCAAAUACUGAACACUUCCGACCAGUUAAAGCUGGAUUUAAAUAGGUAUAUAUGAUGUAUUUGAAUCGUGGUGGUGCCAUAAUUAUUAAAAGGCCUCUACAAUUUAAAUACUACAGUAAAAAGGGCUUUACUUUGGAAAAAUUUUCGUGACAUUGUCUUUACGUUACUGUAGUAAACCUAACAGGUCCACUUGAAACUUUCCACGCAUUGUGUUUGUGUGAUCGCAUUUCUUGAUUUCUCAAAAGCCCUGUCUCGAUAUGUUCACUUGGCCUUAGAGACACAUGAUGAUUGGUUAGUUAAUAUUUUGGCGGCAUUUUGGUUUUUCGUUAGUUGCAUCGUAAGAGAAAAACGUUUGUGUAACACAGUGAGAGAUCAUUUCUUCUCCUGUAAAAGUUUUCCCGAUCUAAGUUACAUUGAAACUUAACAUUUGUUGGUUUGAAAAUUAGUUUUCAUUACUGCAUCUAUUUUGAUUCGCACAAAAGUCUCGGCACUGUACCCAAAAAGUCCCAAAAGUCGCUGUGCCUUGCAAGGACCGUUUGAAGCGAGGCAAGAAGCUGAAGUGAAAAUUUGCAGGACAAAGGUUUGUCAGUAUAAUUUUUAAAACUGCCAAUAAAGGUAAGCUUGUGUGUUUUAAGUUGUAUUUAAGGUUAGUGUUUUUUCUUCAUAGAUCAUGCAUCAUGUUAAAUGUUCGUAGCCCUUUCUUUUGGCAGCCAGUAAACAGGUCAUGACUGUUUGGAAAAGCAGAAGUCUUCUUGGAAACAUGUUUAUCUCUAUGAUAUAGGGCUUAAAACCUGCCUAACAAACCAGUUAAAUAUUUUUGGGAACAAUUUCCUAAAGCACACGGCUGUAUUUGGUGGUUGUGGGUAACAUAGGAAGAACUAAAUUACAGAAAUCCUGAGAGGAAAUAGCUCCGUAUAAAAUAGUAUCACUUUGUUUUUGGUAUUAGUACGGGUCGUGUGUCAAAAAAGUUAUCGAGCUUGUGAGAGUGAAAGGUAUUGAUGCGUGGAAUUUGUGAUCGUCGCAGUGCUGGUGCUCAUCUAUGUGAAUUAGGAAUAAUAUUCAGACAAUCUCUUUGUAAUUUUUGAAGAAAUGCAUGAACAGUCUGUAGCAAGUGGACUUUGUACAUGAUGUGAAUUCGUGAUUUAUACAUUCAAAAUAAACAACGCGUGACCCGGUUUCGUUCUUUGAUGUAAUAUUUUUUGUAGAAAAAUUCUGGUAGCAAUGUAUUUAAAUUUGCUAUACUGCAUUAAAAAUCCAGCUGAUGUUUCAUUUGUGGCGAUUUUCAUACAAACGUUUGUCAAUUAUUUAAUACUAACUUUAGCUUGCUUAUCUAUUUAUCUACCUUGAAAAUGUACAUUUGGCACGCAAUCUCGAGUUUGCCUGUGUCGAGUUACUGUUGAGCGAAAUCUUGACCAAAAAAUGGUUGGAUCUCAGCCUCAAUUACAGCGUAAUUUUGGCCCAAAUGUGGUCUAAUUUAGCUCGAACCGGAUUAUAGAAAUAUACAGCGUGCAGACAGCGGUCAUUAUCGUGUUACCGUUCAGCCAAAAUGACAGCAUAAUUUGGGCCCAACUUUGGCCCAGUUUUUGCAUCACUGGAGUGUAGUUAGGAUUUUGGUUCUAUUUUGGUAAUUUUGUGGCUCAAAUAUUUAUGUUUCAGUGAGGCUCGUUUUGGUUCAUCUUUGGUUGAACUUUUUAAGGCCCUAUUUUGGUUUAUUUUGGCCCGAGUUUGGCUGAAAAUUAUGGCCCAAUUUACCUUCUGGCUAGAGCGUUAAUUUUGGUACGGGUGGGAAUCACCUGUAUUAGCGUUUUCUUCAUCUUUCCUUUCUUCAUCUUCCCUGCCCCUUUUGAAAAAGCGCAACAAAGUCUCAGCACCACGCCAUUUUCACGUCGUUUUUCGGAGUUGCAUGACGUUCGCAUGAUGUUCAAUUUGCCGUGGAGUCGACUGAGAGUGGUCUGAGAACCAAACCCGGCCCAUUCCCUCACUGUUUUCAAAAUGGCGAUUGUAAAUGCAGAAGUUAUGAGCGUAAACAAGGUGAUUGAAAGAACAAUUUUAUUAUAUUACAUGCUGAUUUAACAAAUGUGAAACCAAGAUCCACAGGCUAAAACUUCCACUCGUCCAUGAGAACGACUAACUUAAAAUUCUACUCGUUUUUUGGCUAAUGUUACUCGUUUUAGACGCAGGAGUCUAUUAAGCUAUUUCUUUGGACAAACAAGUUACUGUUUUUAAUCGCACAGAUAUUUUUUGCAUCAGUAUGUGUCAUCAUGAACUUUAUUGACCUAAGUUUAAACAGAUCUGGCAAGAGCUAUUACGAAUUAAUAAAAGGAGUGCAACAUUUCUCUAACGCAUUAACGUCUAGUUUUGUACUAGUGUGAGUUGGACACUUUCAUGGGUUUUUUAAUUGCGCCUUCAUGGGAAUUUCAUGGGCUAUUAGAAAUUUCAUCACCCAUGAAAUACAUGCUAGGCUGUAACCGCCUUUUCAGGGGUCAUGAAAUACAUGUAUCGGUCUAAAAUAUGUGAGACUUUCAUGAGCCAUGAAAAUCCAUAUUCAUGGCUUUGCAAACUUUUCAUGGUUCGUGAAAAUAACUGGUAAAGAAUUUUAUGGAAAUUUCAUAACUUAAUUUAGCACCAUGAAAUCCGAAAUCGCUGUUUUCAUGGCCAUGAAAAAGGGUUCACGGGUUUUUCAACACAUUUUCAUGGGAUUUUCAUGAAAAAGAGUUUCAUAGUGGGGGCAUAUCCCCGGCCCCUGCUAUCCGCUUAAAAAUUCUUCUAACUGUUUCCUUAUGAAUUUUCACUGUACAUUUUCUGCUGAAUACUUUCCCUUUGCGAAAUUAGACUCUUGGAAUUCCUAGGAAUUUUAGGUGUGAAUUUUCACAGUAAAUUCGCACUUGGAAUUCUCAGGAAUUCCCAGUCUAAAUAGAUCUGGUUCUAAAUUCCUAGUAAUUCCCAGAAAUUCCAUAUUGGCACCUAAAGAUAUGAUUAUUAAAAGUUUUAAGCUUUCUCAUUACAUUUGACAGCUGAUUUGAACACUUAACCAUUUUUCUUAAAAAUAAGCCAAUGUUCCCAAGUGAACAAUGACUUUAAAAUUUUUGGAAUUAUUGAGAAUUCCUAGGAAAUUCUCAUUGGUGUGUAUGCAAUUUUCGAUAUUUUCCAUAAAAUCCAAAGACAGUUACCUUCAAACUGGGAGUUAUUGGGAAUUCAUAGAAAUUCACAAAAAUUCCCACUGCUGUUUUCAUCCAUUCCCAAGUAUUCCCAGAAAUUCCAAGGUUUUUUAUCUUUGCUCAUAUGUAUGUCUUGGAAUAAACUCUAGAAUUCAUUUCCUAAGGGUCAUAACAUCAAUUAUCAGUACAAGUUUAAUUCAAGACUAAUUAAGUUAUAAUAUUCAACAAAUUUCCCGAUAGUGUUAUGUUUUGGGAAAAAAAAAACAUAUAAUUAUUAUGCUUUUUUUCCAAAUUAUACACUCUCACUGUCAAUGAACUUUGCCUAAAUCAUGCAUGCCUGAGGAUGGUGAUAGUGAUGGUGGGCAUGAUGAUGAGAAUGAUGAUGAUGAUUGCAAUGGAGAUAGCAUUCUUGUUGAUGAUGAUCGAUAUUCACUGCUGAUGUUAAAGCUUCUGUGAGAGAGAGCAGUUCUUCUGAGAUAUUUGAUCAUUGACAUGCAAAUGAAAAACAUAUGAGCUGUUAGUUUUAUAAGUUGGGUUCUUACCCUAGGGGUACGGGCAAGUGGCGGCUCGAUGGAGGUUGGCCAUUCAGUAGAGGUUCGUCAUAAAUUUGGUAGUAUGAUCUUUCGCAGAAACAUCACUUUAUUUUGAAACAAACACUUGACGGGAGUAGUAUUACUGGUCCACAAUCAGUCGUCAACUUCUAUCUCGGACUGUAUUUUCCUUCAUCGUACUAUUGUUGAAAUAAAGCUAAAAGUAUGUGUAUCAAGUGCUUAAUGCAUGGCCGCUUAAUAGAUGUAACAACAAACAAAACUCCCGUUGAAAAGUCUUGAAAUACAGAAAAGUCCUUGAAGUUAGGGGAAGUCCUUAAAAAGUCCUUGAAUUCCAUUUUUCGUUGAAAAGUCCUUGUAAUGAGUUUUCUUCAACUUUAAAUGUAGUGGACUGGAAAGUUUUUUGGAUGCUAUUUGGUUGUCCAAGAUAGAAUAUAAAUCAUAGCUCAGAGAAUUUAAACAUUAUUCACAUUAAGUGCUCUGUGUUUUAUGCAAUAAUUAUAACUAUCAAUUUAAUACAAGUGAACUGAGAAAUGUAGAGAUGUUGGUGAAGCAAACAGUUCAAGCCUUAAAAGUCUUAGAAUAGGCUGGGAAUGUGGAGUUUUGUACAAUCUAUGAAAUUAUAGUCCUGGUAGGUGGUCCUUGAAAAUCUAAUGUGGUCCUUAAAAAAGACAAGUCCUUGAAAAAUGGUUGCAAUUUUUUUGUAUGACCCUGUUUUAGCCUAGCAACUCCAUGCUUCCACUUAAUGUCCAGACUUACUGUUUCCCUUGCUUCAAGAUGGCCCGUCAACAAAACAUAGAACUACAAAACCUACAUCCAGCUUUAAAGUUAUAUGUGACUUCCAUGAUCCCCAUUAAGAACUCUUUCUCUAGGAAAUUUGGGCCAUCGCCCAACUUUUUACCCAUUUCUCACUACAUUUCCCAGCUUUAGAUUCAGAAUCUCACAUUUUUUUGCCUUUUGCUGAUUGGCAAGUCUUCCACACAUUGCACACUUUAAACUGUUGACCACUCUUUUAAUGGGCUGCUAGUACAAAGGUAAUCACACCAUGUUGUUGGAAUUCUCUUAAGUAUCUUAUUUUUCAUGUAAAUACAAAGCUUGGGGCAGGUUCUGUCACCUGUUUUGCCAGUCAAUAAAAAGCAAAUGUUGAAGGGCUUUGAAGACUCCAAGGCAAAAUACCUUGUACAUGUUUUGGUUAUUGCCAGAAGAAAGUUUCUUAUGUGAAAUAGCAACCAGUAAAAUAUAUUGCUGCAAAAGCUAACAAACCUUGAAACAUACUUUGAAAAGACUUAUACAUUUCUUACCAGCCGAAAUGAUUACACAUGAUGUAGAUAACUCACAGCUGCAAACUGAUUUUAUUCCAUUUUAUGUCUUUGAAUUACGGUCGACUCCCAUUAACUCGAACCCUCUAAAACUCCAACCUCCCGCUAACUCGAAGCAAUUUUCAUUUCCCUUCAGGUCAUUUUUUAUAUAAAUUUACCUUCAAUAACUCGAACUUUUUUCUAUUUCCCUUGAAGGUUUGAAUUAUCAGGAGUCAACUGUAUAUUUAUGUGUGCAUCAUGUCAUGUUUUUCUUUUUUCAGGUUGAAUGGUUUAUGCAGCAAAAAGAGAAAAAGUAUAUACUCCAUUCCCAAAGUUUUAAUGAUCCUUUGUUCAAAGAACAGUGGUACAUUGUAAGUUACCUCCUGGUUUUGUAUAAUUAUAUACUAAUAGCUGUAGAUUGUACAACAUAACUCUCUUGAUAAUUGUACUGGCCCAGUAUAUAAUUAUGUAGGUGAGACUUUGGGUUCAAUAGACAUGUUUGAUCAUAGCAUGAAAUAAGAUUCUUUAAACGAUCUUGUAGCCCCGCCCCACAUGACUUACAUACAUACAUAUAUACAUACACACAUACAUGUUUUCUUUAUUUGGAGUCUUAUACAAUAAAUAGCAUAUCAACUAUUUCCAAAUAACUAAAAUUACAAGCAACAAAAAAUUCCUAACCAUAUAAUAUUAUGGCUAAUAAGUUAAUAAUUAGUUUAGUACGUCCUAGAGUAUUUACUUUUUGCCGUCUUCCCCUUUCCUUUUCUCAAAGCAUUCGAAUAUAAUAAUAAUAAUAAUAAUAAUAAUAUUUAAUACUUAUAUUGCACUUUUUCUAUAAAAAUACUCAAAAGCGCAUUACAAUAUUAUUAAUAACUAAAUUAAAAACCAGUAAAAUUACCCAGUAAAAUUACAAUAUUUAAAAAUAAAUAAAUAAAUAAUCUAACUAAAAGCCUUCUUAAAUAAAUAUGUUUUAACAGAGCGUUUAAAAGAGUCAAUUGAUGUUUCCUGAUAUAAUGAUGUUUUGCUAUUAGUUUUUGUAUUUUAGCAUUUCCGCUAGGGGGUUUGUUAGAAACAUGAAUAUUUUGUUAGGUGAAAUUCUGCUUAUUUUUAUUCUGUAUUCUUUUUCCAAAUAAUAAAUGAACAUCUUUUUUCCUGGUGAGGAGGACAUAUAUUUAUGGUAUUUGUCCUCCAUUUCUAUUUUACAUAUGUUCUGCCCAUUUUAACCCCUCCCCCCCACAAUAGAAACCUGACCACCUUACCCUCUCAAAUUUUUCCCCCUCCCUUCUUCGCUUAUAAAUAUUGAACAGUCCCUAAAAGAAAAAAAUUCCAUAAUGGUUAAAAAAAAUUGUUAACUUUUUAUAGUGUAUGCUGAUUAUUGCUUUAUUUUAUGUAGGAGAGACUGCAAGGGCCGACUUUUAACAUCAGUUCUGUGUGGCCAACGUAUACUGGAAGAGGAAUUAUUGUGGCAGUGGUGGAUGAUGGAGUUGAUGGAAGUCACCUUGAGCUGGCACCCAACUAUGUAAGGCCCUCACUUUUUUUUUUGUUACUGCCAGUUAACAACUAUGGAGAAAUUGGUGUUUGGGUUAAUUGAGUUAUAUGCAUUUGCAACUUUUGCGAGAUUAUCAGUAGUACCACAGGUGGCCCAUUCCUAAAGUCGCAUAAGUUUUGAAAUACAAGGAUUUGUAUGGUAAAGAACGGUUGUUUCUAUAACGUACCAAUUUGAAAGGAUUUGAAUAAAAUUGGGCUAACCUUACUUCGUUAAGUUAUGAGUUACUUCUUUAUGGGCCUUGAGCCGAUUUUUGGGUUUGUUCUCUCUAUAAUCUCCUUUGAAACCGGUUCCAAUAUUAAAAAGCUUUAAAUCUGCUCUUGGAUGGAUUUUCUCCACAGAAAAGGAUGAAAAAUACAGCUUAACCCUUUAAGGCCCAAUAUCCACGUACAAAUUCUCCAAACUGUUCUCUUUACAUUUCCAUAGAGAAUUAGUUGAUAGAAUUUGGUAGAAGAUCGAAGCAUUUUCUCUAAGGUGAUUAUUUCAUUAAUUCUCACAACCUUUGCUCUUGAUUGUGUGGUGAUAUUGUUAGAAGAAAAUUUAUGUUGGUCUCUUUUGGAACUUAAAGGCUUAUUAAUAAGUAAGGUUACCUGAUUUUUAUUUAAAUCCUUUUACAUUUGUAAUCUACUGAGUCAAUCGCUUAUUCUCCAUACAAAACCGAUGGUCGUGUUUCGAGCUUGCCCACUUAUGGUAGCACCGUCUUUAACCCUUAGUGAGGAUAAAAAUGUUCAGGGCUGGGUUGUUCAAAGCUGGGUUAAGAUAACCCAGGUUUAGUGCAGAUUUGAAUUCAAAUAUAAAUGUUUAAGAUGCAAAUUCAGUUUAAUUAUAGAAUAGAGAAAAUUGUCCGAGAAAAUGCUUUUGAUAAAAAAAAAGAGACUCGGGUUAAAAUUUAACCCCGGGUUAGCGCUAAUCGGCCUUCGAACAACUGGGCCCAGAUCACUAACAAAGCAUACCACGUUCAGUGCAUAGUCCUAUACAGUGAUUCGACUCUAUUGCCUGAUGAAGGCUAGCAGCAAAUCACCAUCACUAAUGGCGUUAGAAAAACUGUAAAUUAAUAAAGCCAUCACAUUGUUAUCCAUUUUUCAGGAUGCAGCUUUAAGUUACGAUUUUAUUGAAAAUGAUCCAGUACCAAUACCAAACGGAAGGCCAUUGACAGGGUAAGUGUCUUCUCUUCCCCUGACAGGAGGGUGCACUUCCUUAUUUGGGCUAAAAGGUAUGUGCCGUCUUACAGGGUGUGGUUAUCAUGUUACUAUUAAUUUAGCGUUUUCGACAGCGUGUAUUUUCUGCACCUCAAGCCUUGAACAGAUCAGAGUCUGAACUUAUCAUCAUCAUCAUCGUUGUCAUCGUCGCCAGCAGUAGCAUCAGCAUCAGCAUACUCAUCGUCAUCGUCAUCAACAUCAUCAUCGUCGUCAUCAUUAUCAGCAUCUUCGUCAUCGUCAUCAUCAUCAUUGCCAUCGUUUCGUCCUCGUCCUGCUCUUCGCCUUCCUCCUUGUCCUCCUUGUCGUAUAUCUCCUUGUCCUUCUUGUCAUCCAUCUCCUCGUCUUCGUCCCCGGUUGCCUCCUCCUCGAGGUCCUUGUCGUCCAUCUUCUCGUCUCCUUCCCGUCCUCCUCCCGCUCGUCGUCGUCCUCGACCUUUUUAUCGUCCUGGGACAUCUCUUUGGCCUCGUCUCCGGUUGCCUCCUUUUCCUCUUCGUCUUUCUCCUCCUCAUCCUCAGGUCACGAUUAUUUCCCCAAAGUUCAUAAAGCUGCGGACUUUUUGAUGUUGUUGUCACCGUGAAAAAUGAGGCUAUUCUUUUUCCCUUCUUAAUCAUUUACAUUAAAUAACAUUGUUUCCGUUUUAACGUAAGACAUUUGAAAUGCAAUGCGGGUGAAUGUGUCUGGACAAUGAGUUGAAGUUUCUCUAGUGAUAGCCAACACGUUCUUCGUAGACUUCAGCUAGGGGCUUCUUGGCAGAAAUCCUCUCGGUCGUUCGUUCGUGGCGAGCAGGUCAAUUAUUUUCCGAAGCCGAAGACUGGGGCAAAUGAUUGAUAUGCGAGACACUGACAAGUUACAAACAGUUUAGCGAUAACCGAGUUCAAUAAAAAAAAAAAAUCAGAAAGAAAAGAUAGUUGCUUGAUUCUCUAUGAGAAACGAAUUGAAUUAGGGUCAUGAGAAAAAAUCUCUUGUCUUACACAAAUUAGACAGGGUAGUGAACUGUUUUGUUUGCUUGUUUGUUUGUUUGUUUUUUUGCUUUAAAAAGGAUAAAGGUUUAAAGGCUUCGCCGGCACAACCCUACCCAAACGUCCGUUGAAUGCACCCCCUCCCCUCAGGGGUCUUCACUACUGUUCCUACGUUUUGCAGGACAAGGGAUACUGCUAUCCCAUAGCCCCUAUGGUUCACCGGAUACUAGGUGGAGUCCUGGUUCACGGAACAUUUUAUCUCGGUACCGUUUUAUAUUUCUCGAAGCAGAGAUCCAGUCAAAAGAAACAAUGCAGUAUUAAACAUGUAGCCGCGCUCAAAUCUCUGACUCCAUAAAAGCAACGCCCCGCUGAGGGAAAAAAAGUUAUUUGUUCUUGCUUCGAAAUUUGAAGUCCCUGACUUAGUAAAACUUUACUUUAUCACGGGGGCCUUUACUUUUGGGACAUUUUGACCAUUAAUCAUCUUCCACUAGAUCAGGGGCACCCAACGACGGUUUUCUGUAAAUUAUCUGUUUGGAGAAGCAAAUGUUGCCUGGAAUUUUCUAUUACUUGAGGAUAGCAAAAAAUUUCUAAAUGAUCGAUCCAUUAAUGUACAAUUUUUCACAGUUCACUGCCCAGGUUAAACUAUUUUUUUUGCAAUAAAAGAAACCUAAAAUUUUUGGAUUCGAAAAUGUAAUAGAGAGAGGAAUCAGAAAAAUCCUCACUUUCUUAAUACGUAAAAUUUUUCGGGAAAGUAGCACUGAAGCCCAAGUAUUUUCGAAAAGACCAGCCAAGUUCCCCUAGAAUGACCGAACAGGUGCAAAUUUUAUAGCGCGGCUUAGAAUACAUUUCUAGAGAUCUAAAAGUACUCUGGAUAGCCUAAAAAGUGUUUUCAAUGUAUUAAGAAGAAGGAAGCCGUCGUUGGAUGCCCCUGACUAGAUCGCCUUUUAUCUUUACCUUUCUCAAACAGACAUGGUAACAAAUGCGCGGGAGUUAUAGCUGGUGCUGCUAAUAACAAUUUGUGCGGCGUGGGACUGGCAUACAACGCCAAAAUUGCAGGUAUGAAUCCGUUCAUGGCUUAGAUAUUUGCAGUGAGCACUUUUUAAUUAUACAAAACUUUGAUACAAAGUAGUUUCGUCGUUCUUUUCUAAUUUCGUCAUCCCCCAAGUAAAUUUUUUCGUUAACUUAGGUCUUCGCAUCUACGACAAAAAGAUCAGGUCAACGGAUGCCACAGAGUCAGGGGCUUUUUCUCACAGAACAGACGUGAUUGACAUAUACUCAAACAGCUGGGGACCUGGGGACAUAGGCUGGCAAGUCCAAGGCCCGGGAGUGUUGGCCAGUAAAGCCAUAGAACGCGGCAUACAGAAGGUAUCAUUUUAAUACUACGUCUGUCUUCAAAAAAAGUUACUUUGAACUUUCUUGCUCGCUCAAUUUUAUACUAUUUUCAGCGAUUAUCGAUUGUUCACUGAAUUGAAUCAACUGAGCCAUAAAAAAUUAAGCGUAGAGCCCACAGUCCAACCUGUAUAUAUUGGUCACCCUCGGGAAAUGGCCAAGUAACCUCAUUUAUCUUUAUUUAUGUAAGCUUGUCUGUGAAAAUAAUAUUUGCAUUUGAGUGUGAUUCCUGCCCUGGUAGCGACAAUGUAGUAAGCUUUUAAAUUAAAUUCGUUAUGUUUCGCUAAAAGGUCUAUCGUAGGCAAGAGCCGUUAUGGAUCUGGUCGUAAUUCGAUUUGGUGACCUUUAUACAUAGGUAAAAAAUAAUGAAAUUGUGCAUUCGGGAAGGUUGACCGCAUCCAUUACUCGCAACCGCCAUUUACAGGUUAAUUUACAGAAAAUGUCUGGCAAAAGUUUCGGGAUGCAAAAUAGAGGACCGUUUUAUACAGGUUUGACUGUAUAAGAUUUCCUAGUCUGCAGUCUCAAGAGUUAUCUAACCACAUACUUCUAAAAUAAAAUAAUAGUACCAAUUGUGAAAGUACUGCUGAAAAGGCCUAUUAUUUGAAUGGUCAGAGCAUAAAAGUAUAGACUACGAGUAGUCCCCCAUUUUUCCUCAGGGAUAGUAGAGCGCGCGAGCGAAACGUAAGGGUGAGUGAAAAUCACCCCACGCGAGAAAAGGCGCGUGUCGACACGCGUGUUUCGCUCGCGCGCUCUACUAUCCCUGAGGAAAAAUGGGGGACUACUCGUAGUCUAAUAAAAGUACGACUGGAGUCUUAAAGAGGCUAUGUCACGCGGAUAUUGCUGUUUUAGAUCAAUUAUGUGCUUAAGGUGAUUCCCUAGUUUUGCAAUGCGCAUCUCUUACUGCGCAUAACAAGAUGGCCGCCGUAAAAAAGAGCAUGUGAAGUAACAUUAUUAAAAUGGAGUUGACUGAAGAGAAACGCUAUUGGAAUUUUUGCUUGCUGUUGUUUCUUGCUGAGGUGAGACUCAGUGUGUUGGGAAAGUGUAUAACGUAAGCAGUACGCGUGUUGCUGAGUUCGACUUCCUUACGGAGAACCUCGAUCGUGGAUGUUUAACUUAUACUUUCUCACUUUGAUUUUCAUUUAAACGCUUCCUUUAUCAAAUUGUGUCCUAAAUGGGAUAUCACGAUGUAAAUUCUGUAAAAGCGGAUUUUUUAAUACUUUCUUCCCCCUUUCACAUACAUUCUAUUUUGAAACUCGCCCCAGUCCUCUCUCAAAAAUCGGAGAAAAUGCAUUUGGUGGGCACUUUCUGCAGUUCUACUGCUAAAACGAGUACGGUGACCCCCAUUUUUUAUUUCAUGAUUUUAAUAAGGACAGUGCUUCCUUUCGAUGCGAAAAAAAUUGGCACAAAUCUAUGUUCAGUUUUUUGGCAAUUUUACUAAAUUGUACGGAUUGAGCUAUCACGGGUCGAAUAGCGCGUGUCCAAUUUAAUUCUACUUUGGAGCGUAAAGUAAAAACAAGGGCAUUAAAAGGCAUUUUUCUGGUACGUAAGUGGAUAAACAAUACAUUAAAGUCAAAUUCCGUGCGAUACCACAUGCAUCAUCGAAAAAAUCUCUCCUUUUUGUCUAGUUUUGGGCUGCCCGCGGUUUUUGUAAAAGGGUCCUAAAUAGCCGUAUUUGUCAGCAUUGUGACGUCAAAACGAGCACGGUGACCCCCACUUUUUAUUACUUUUUUAUCAUCUUCUUGACUUGUUACAUCAGUGUACCAAGUUUCAUCUACAAUCUAUGUUAGGUUCUUUUACUAGGGAAUCACCUUAAAACAUAAGUCAUUACUUUAUUAGUUUACCCAUAUACAGAAUGCUCCUGUAGAAGUAUAAAGAAGAUAUCAAACAAGUGUAAUCUGGGAGCACUAACCAUAACAUUUUUUGGUAUGGCAUUAAAACUUGAAAAAUAUUGUUCAGUUUCAAUCCAUAUCCAUCUUUGCCAUUAAAACAUCAGACGACAGUAAACAGCUUCAUUGCUUAAAUAUAGUCUUAAAUAACAAAGCUGGACCAUUAUUUUUGGAAUUUAAGAAUAGGCAAUUUUCGAGUCCCCCCUGACCUGUGUAUCAAAACGAGCUGUGCUCAGCCUUUGAUAUGGAAAUGAAUUUUCAAAUUUCAUUCUAAUGCAAAUAAAACUCACUCGCGCACUUGCCCUCAUUUUGAAAGUGACGGUUUUUGAAAGUGGGAAGAGGCCUAUUAAUGCGAAGACACGUUUUAACUUUUUAAAAAUAUGGCAAAUGGUUUGACCUACCCCCUUCAAAAGUUAUAACUAUACGUUAUCACGUUCGUCAGAGCGCAUCCUAAUCUUGUUGUGCCUGUGGUACAAAGCCACAAAGAGGUAUCGCGAGCGACUGUCGAUUUGCCGCUCCUACUAAUUUUAUCAGGGGCAUCUUGGCCUGGAAGCUGUACUCCUUUCGACUCCAUUUCGUUUCGAACGCGGAUCCGUAAUCAAUGGUUACCUAUAGUAAUGAAUAGUACCCUGUGAGAAAAGUACUUUUUAACGUGUCUCUUGAAUAACUAAUUUGUGUAUGCAUCGUGUGUCGUAACGUGUGUGUCGCUAAAUUUCAGGGUCGUGGAGGACUGGGUUCUAUUUACGUGUUUUCAUCAGGGAAUGGUGGCUUUGCUGGAGAUUGCUGUGGUUAUAACGGUUAUGUUAAUAGUAUUUACACCAUUGCAAUCAGUGGAGUGAAUCUGGAUGGAUCUCUUCCAGCUUAUGCUGAGGAGUGCGCAGGAAUCACGGCUACUGCAUAUAGCACCAACGCUGUGAAAGGAAAAGUUGUAAGUAGAAACAGCGAGUUGAUUUAAUGUUUUCUGUCAUAUGUGGUAAAAAAAGGCAUCUUUUUCAAAACCGCCUCAAACGGCUCUUAUUUAGCUUAAGCCACCAGGACGGAAACUCGAUGCUAAGUGGCAUCAAUGCCUGAGUUAAUCAAGUCAUAUCACCAUGGAUUUUGCACUGGAAGAUCGUGCUUUUUCAAGUACCUUUCUCGUGAAUACAUUGUCUGACUCAGUUUUAAACAGGUGACACCUUUUAAUGCAAUAAUUCAAAGGCUUUCAACAGAAGGCAGGCGAAGCAAUGACGUUUUAAACCCAUGCACGCUUACCGAAAGAGGACUUUUUCCAAUUAUGGGCAGUGGUUUCGCUCAAAUUUUCGGGCAAAUGAAGUUGUCUCUAUUAGAGUUAUGACACUUAGCAAUACAAAUUUGCACGGUACGGUCAAGGCAUAUUAAGAGGGAAAAGGACUCACCUCCGGUUGAUGUGCCGCUCAAAAACUCCUUUGCUUAAGCGCCUUAAAGUCAUCCACGGAAAGCUUAAAACUUACUCCCAAACAUAUGGUCUCCUCUUCAAUGAAACAGAGUGUAAGUCGCUGCGCCUCACAAGGAGAACAAAGUCCAUAACAUCUGCAUGAAAUUACCAACUCGCUUAUGAAAAUAAAUUUUGAACUUUUUAGCCAACGAGAUUUGAAUUCAGCUCAGCGUCCAUAACUUCAUUCAAAUCAAUCCUCAUUUCUCACUUCCUUUGAUGAUCCUCGUACGUUUUCGUCUGUGUGCUUAAAUGUAAAAGUGUUGGUCUGUUAUCUCGUCCUAUCCGGCGUUGUUUGUAGCCAUUUUCGUCUGUUGUCAGUGUGGCAAUAUUCUUUGAAUUUAGUAGUAGUUCUUAGCAUAUUUUAUAUGGGGCUCCUGUAACUGAAAUACCUCCAAGAACUGCGUGACAAGUCUACAUUGUUCGAAAAGACGAUUAAAGGAUUCCGAACCCGUUUCGCGUAAUUAACACUAUCAUUUGAUAGGUGACAGAUGAACUUAAAAUUUUAUCGGUUGUUGGAUCUGGGAAUGCGCGAUUGGGUACUGUCGUGUGAGACAUACACAUAGGGAGGUUGUACGUGUACAUAAAGUGAUGACAUUUGAAUGUUGAGUUGCGAAUCCCAGAGUAGCGAAACGUUUUAGAUUUUUUGGUAAAACACUUUCACCACAUUUUACACUCCCGCCCUCCACGUUGUCUAUUUCUUCAUACAAGUAUAAUUAUAUAUCGCUUAUUACAAUGUGCGGGCUAACAUCUCUUAGUGUUAACGUCAGUGUUCACUUUCUGUUUGAAAUUUCUCUUUGGUACAAAUUUUUAUGAUUUUUAAGGCUUCUUUUACACUGUUAAUAACAUAUAUGCAAAAAUUUCAGCAGGCUCGUUGGAUGAGAGCACGCCAAUUUAUCCUAAACAGUGCAGAAAGUUGAAAUUUUUGCAAUUGCACAAUUUGGGAUCGUCAACUGGUUGAACAUUCUAACUGCCACAAAAACUUUUGGGAAGUAGGCGUGGUAGAAUUCACGCGAGUUUAUGUGUUUUCGGCUUUUAUUUUUUAUUUUUUCAGGCUAUGUCAAUGUGACACUGAAAUUUGCGAAUCAAUUCUCUCCCAUUUUUCUUACUGUUAGUAUGUUUGCGGAGUCCGUUUGUGAAUUGCCUCUAAUACAAAAAUGUGGGGAAAUUGAAUUGGAGAAAAAGUAAAUGAAACGGAGCUUCGUUUCUGGGUGACAAACCGUGGCAUGUUUUUUUAUCCAGUAACCAAGAAGUUAGGACAAAGUUUAUAUUUCUUUAUAAUUCCUGAUUAGGGGAAUGAAAUUUACCCAUCAGUCAAAAGUCUCCCAGCCUUUGGUUAAUUUUUUUUUUUCGGGCAUUAAAGUGGUCCACCUAUGUUUUUUUCUUAGUUGGCUUAUUCUGUUACACCUUUUUGUUUUUCUAGAUAACUGCUGAUAAAUUACCGGGUUGUGUUGAUAAUUUUGGAGGAACCUCAGCAGCGGCAGCAAUGGCCUCUGGUCUCAUCGCCUUGACACUUGAAGCAAAGUAUGUUCCUUUUUUUAAUCCUCUCCCCCGUAACAUCGAACAAAGAAAAAAAUCCGAAAACAUUCCCAAUUUGUUAUUGUAAAAUCCGUAGAGAUAACUAAUUCUUUGCUUUUUCUGGCUAGUCCUUCCCUAUCGGUUGACAGUUGUCGCUUAUGAGCGCAUGUGGAGCGAUGGACAUGUUCAAGAACCUUUAAACCAAACUAAAGGACGUCGCCUUUAAAUGCUGUAGCAUGCCAGGGCUGUGUAUUUAUUGAUAUUUGCUUUACAAAAUUGUGUUCCCUCUUUUUGACUUUGAUUUUAAGAUAUACUGGAAUUCCUCUGUUUUGCACUGCGCAUCAGUUAGUGCACAUAGCAUUGAUACAUCAAAGGUGGCGCUGGUUUCCACCAGUCGCCUAAUAAAGAGAGGUUACAAAGACACCUUUUGUCCAAAUAGUUAGUAUUGCUAUGCUAGUAUUGAAACUCGCCCCAGUCUCUUUGCGCGAAAUGGUCAUUUGAAGCCCAAAACUGUUGUCUUUUUGCGGUGAAACGAAAAUGGUGACCCCCCUUUUUAUUGGUGGUUUUUGAGACUCAUUAAUGGCUUUGAGAAAAAUAUAUUGUAAGGAGGAAAAUCUGGAUAGUCAGAAGAUGUCUCAUUUACAUAUGAACGCGGACGUGAAGCUCCGCAUUUGGAGCCACAGAUGAGUAUAACAUGCCCAUUUUUCUUUCAUUUUUGCUGGAUAAUUUGGAGUCACUUAAGUAAAAAAGUGUAUAACAGACAAUCAAAUAGGCUCUAGGUUUUAGUAAGAUAUACGGUGCAAUCCCAAUUUGUUGAUAUUCAAGUGCCACUGUUACUCGAACCAAAAGGGUAAGUGUAGUUUGCACUUCUCCUUCUGGAAACGGAACGAUCUUCAGAAUAAGUGUGCUCCGAGCAAUUGAAUUUGUGACCUCCCGCUCUGCAGACGGAGCUAAUCCUCUUUCCAGCAGACAUUGUUUUUAACCACCAAUUUUCCAUGCUCUCGAUUCUCUUGAAAAAUGAAAUGUAUUACUUUUUAAAACUGCUUUAGUAACGUAGACAAUCCUAUGAAACAUACACCUGGAGGUCAUUGCUCUUCAACCUUAUACGACUUGUUUUUGUAUACUAGUCCUAAAUUGACAUGGCGUGACGUACAACACAUUAUAGUUAGAAGUGCAAGACCAGCACCAGGAGGAGUUCUACUCGCCAAUGGGUUCUGGGCAAAGAACAAAGCUGGUUUAGCCGUCAGCAAGUUUUAUGGCUUCGGUCUUAUGGAUGCUGGGGAAAUGGUGCACUUGGCAAAACGGUGGAAUACAGUGCCAGAACAACGAACAUGCGAAGUCAGUGGCACUGACACUAACAGGUAUUUAAUAUCUACGGUGUUUUUGUAGUGGUUUGGGGUACCAGAGUCGACGUGAUUGUCAUCCUUUCAUUAAGGACUAUGCACUCUCAAACUUACUAAUAAUUCAUAAAGAAAAUACAAAGGAAAUUACUGUUAAUGAGUGUUUGGAAAUCAGAUGAAAAACUGCUCAUUUUUGCAUCCUUAAUUUCUCCUUCUAAAAUCAUUUUGUUUGAGAAGUAGUAUCAAGCAUUCGACACAGUGUUUCAUCACCAGAUGAAACACCUCGAAGUUCGUCAAAAAUACUCCGCUGCGCGUCGUAUUUUCAACUUUCUUCUCAGUGUUUCAUCUGGUGAUGAAACACUGCGUUUCAUGCUUGAUAUAUUACGUAAUUAUCAGGGGAAGGAGGUUCUAAAAUGAAUACAAUAGAAUGGAGAAGGGUGAUGUCAGUUUACCAUGUUACAUAAAAUGUCUGCAUCAUAAAAAGAGGUAGGUUAAGCAACGACGACCGCGACAGCAACGAGAACGGGGGAAAAAACAAUAGGUUUACAUUAGCAAAACAACAACUUUGCACGUGCAUGAAGCUUUUUUGUACAUGCUACAUGAAACUUCCUAAUUUUACGCGUCCGCUUUAUGGAGUAGGUGAAGACACUGUGUAGUUGCAGAAAAUAUCCAUAUCCCCCACGGAGGGCACUUUUGCUUUAGACCCCCCUCCCCUUCAACCCCCCUGGAAUUUCCAUUCCAGGGUGUGCUUGUCAUACCCCCACCCCCUGGAAUUUUCGUAAUUUUUCAACUUGGUUGGGUACCCUCUAGAAAGAAUAUUUGUGUCGAAAAUGUUGUGGCACUACAUUAUUAUGUGGAAGAUAUUUUUUCUGCGAAAAAAUGAGAAAAAAUCUUUUCAUUCAUGUUCAUACGGUGUCUAAUAAUCUCAAGGCCGUUCUUAGCUAAUUGCUGCGGAGCGACCGUAGGGAGCGAGCAGCAAGAUAAUGAGGAUUUAAGGGAAAUAUAUUAGGUGGGACGAAUUCUCGAAUUCAUCCCAUUUUACCAGAAUGCAUUACAUUUAACCAGAGUGCAUUGCGGUACUUUUUGCCAGAAUGCAAUGCGCCACGAACAACUCAAACAAAAACACGAGGAAAUUCGGUAGUUGAGAGCGUGCAUCGUUGCUGCCCAGAGUUUCUUUAUGGCAAAUUCUCUACAGCACGGUUAGAGAACUUACCAAAUUUAAGACACACAGGAGUCUUUCAGAUGAGUACGAUGGUUAACUCGGGGAUUGGAUUUCACUUCAAGAGCCUUUGACUCGUCCAGGCGUUAACUUGACGCGGAGAUGAGCAUUUGCCCUUCGACUCCGCAACACGGGGGAUAUACAAAUUCCAGCUUGCUAGAAGGUGAUGUGAAAGUGAGAAAAUGUCAUGCUAUGCUAUUCUUAAGAACCUGUAUGAAGCCGAAAAUGGAUGUGAUUUUGACCAUUAGCUUCAAAAUAUCAGCGGAAAUCGAGGUACCAAAACAUAUGUUUUGCGUCCGACUUUGCAGACGAGGACGUGUAUCGGCGUUUUUGAAAGCAUAAUUAUGUUCUUUCAUUCAUUCAUUGCCAUGGAAUAUGCGUUUACAUUGCUUUUUUUACUGUUAAUAGCUCGGUUAAUGCGGCUCGAUCAUCUUGCCGGCCGAAGUUUCCCUCGAUGGAAAAGGCAUUAAGACUUUUCCCCAAAGUUACGUAAUCAGCCUCUGUGGAGUUCGAGUCCUACUCCACUCUUUUUUUCCCUCUUUCUUUUUUUUCCCGUUUUUUAUGCUGUUGUUUUCUAUUAAUGCAAUAAACAGCAAGAAAAGUAUUGUUUUUCCAGAGAAAAGAUAGUACGCCGUAUAUUAAAUAUAUAGAUAAACAAACUGAAUUUCUAUCAUUUCCUACAAUUUACUGUGGAAAAACCAGAGUUGAUAACCUCUUAAUCAUUUUCUAAACAACGUUCCCACGAGUUCGGUCUAUAGACUGAUAGUAAUUGUUACUUUCCAACAUGUAAAUAGGACAUUCAAUGUCAUUUUCGAUUCUUUUAAGGCUCACUGCCUAACUAAUGCCAGUAUUAACAGAAUGUGCCGCAGCGUUACUAUCUUUUAGAUACCCUAGUAAUUAUCCAUAGAGGCGAUACCGUACACUAACUACAAGAAUGUGAAUGUCAUAUGCAAAAGAACCGGGUACAUUAAAACUAACGCAACGUGAACUUUAGUAACUUCAUUUCAGUUAGAACAUUUUACAAAAAGGCUUAAAACACGACCAAAUUACGGGGAAUCAAAUGUGAAAUAAAACAACAGCAAGAUAACCGGAAGUUUAUUCACGAGCCGAUGACAAUUGUAUUAAACAAAACUAUCGCACAGAUAAUAGAUGAUCAAUGCAAACAAUAAUACUUGUUUUGAAACACCGGUAACAGUAAAAUAACUGAUAGCUUACUUAACAGAAAAGUUGUUAUUUAUCAAUAACUGACCAAUGUUACUAAGACCCACUGAAAAAAAAAACGCUCUAAACAACACCCCACACCCUCGGAAAUUGCCUCCUUUUGGACCCCCCCACCUCCCAUCGGAAUUUCGUUGGGGGUAUGGAUAUUUUCUGGAACAACACAAUGCAAACAUUUUCCGUUUCUUGUUCUAAACCAAGAGAAGAUAAAGGGGACAGAGAAGGCAUCCCCCAUACACACCCUAUUCCAUAGGUAAUUCGUCUCGAGUUAUUUUUAAGACCACAGAUCCCAAGGGGGAUUAGACAACAGCCAAUCACAUAGCGCGAAUGUGUUCCGCUUGGAUGACCCACGCUCAGAGCCACGAGUCCUUCACGAAUUGACGCAGAACAAAAUGGCAGAAGACGCGGAGAGCGAUAUUGCUAUUCGUUUUGUCGACGAAAACGACUACAGAGAGAUUUC